ACAAGUGAGCAAAUUUGUCACAACAUACAGCCUCAUCAUCCUCGCACCUGAAGGCUUACAGAAGGUACCACCAUUGAAAGCUGUAUUCCGAAAUGGUGAAGUCUCGAAACAGUAAUCAAGCUCGUGCUACAUUUCUAUAGAUCUAUAGAACUGGUCUUUUUGGAAAUUAUCUCUGGAGAACCAGGAGACUACGUUCGAUUUGACAGGUUGAUGGAACUGUUAGUAGGUGUCUAAUACAAUAUGGAUAUAGAAAUUGAUGUUCAAAAUAACAAUUCUCCAAAAGAAAUCCAACCGGAAUCAAUGUCAUCUUCAUUUCCCAUUUUCUUAAACCACACCCUGCAAGAUACAUAUAACAAUAUGAGUAAUUUGUCUUUUCUUGGAAAUGACAGUAGAGAGGAAGACAUAGAUUAUUUUCAAGCUGAAGAGAUGGAACGAAUCCUCAGUGUCCUAAUACCUAUCCUUUUUGGUGCCAUUGUUGUCAUUGGUUUGAUAGGCAAUUCAUUUGUGGUUAUUGUUGUCUGGUUCAACCAUCAGAUGCGUUCCACUACCAACCUUCUCAUCAUUAACCUAGCGAUAGCAGAUCUUCUCUUCAUAAUAUUUUGUGUACCUUUCACUGGGUGGGACUACUCUCUUCCCUAUUGGCCGUUUGGCGACAUCUGGUGCCGUAUCGUCCAGUAUUUGGUAUUCGUUUGUGCCUACGCCAGUAUUUAUACACUGGUUCUCAUGUCUCUAGAUCGAUUUAUGGCCGUAGUACACCCAAUUACGUCGAUGUCUAUCCGCACAGAAAGAAAUGCCUACAUCGCCAUAGCUAUAACAUGGUCCUGUAUCCUUAUCGCUUGUGUACCGCUUCUAGAGGCCCAUGGACUUAUGAAUUACAUGUACAGGCAGAUGGAACAUUCGACUUGUGGGUUCCUCGCAAUGAAAGGUUAUAACUAUGCUGCCUUUCAGAUUUCCUUCUUUCUUUCCUCCUACGUAAUUCCACUGGUUCUGAUCUUUGUCCUCUACAUGCUCAUGUUGAAACGAUUGUGGUUUCACGUGACACCAGGCGGGAAAAUAAGCGCGGAAAGCCAGAAAUCAAAGAAACGAGUCACUCGGAUGGUGGUCGUAGUUGUUUUGAUCUUUGCCAUUUGUUGGUGUCCCAUACAGAUUGUUCUGGUGCUGAAGAGUUUGGACAAAUACGAACAUAACACAUCCACCAUCGCUUUUCAGGUUUCUUCUCAUAUCUUGGCUUACAUGAAUUCUUGCGUUAACCCUAUUCUUUACGCCUUUCUCUCCGAAAACUUCCGGAAAGCUUUUCACAAAAUCAUCUCCUGUAACCCUCGACAGAAACGUCCUUACAGACAACCUUUCGAACGAAAUGAGCGAGAAACAGUCGGGACGUAUACGUCUAAAAGCACCAGAUUGAAUAAUGAAAUUUUAUAGAUAAUUCUAUUAACAGUUUUUAACACUUUCAAUGUAUGUGUGUGUCUAACAAAACGAAAAUAAGUUAUCUCACGUGAAGAAACCCGCUUUCCCGCUUCCAUUGAAGGAAGGGCGUUCGACGAUCUUUAAUUCUUUCAAACUUUCCCAAAUAUUCUAAACUCGCACAUUCAAAUCUUAGCAUAUUCUUCUACAGCAUGAAUUUAGUUAGUUCCAGAACUGGUCGUUAGAGCAAGGAAAGCCUUUUUUAUUUCUCCAUUAUCACGACAGUAUUUUUCCAUUAAUGGCAAGGAUGCUACAGCUGUAAAACUAGCAUUAAGUACCGUUCAGUGAGUGUUUCCUGUAAGAAGUGGUAGUGUGUAGCUUGCUAUUACAGUACAGCUAUUGAUGUUACUUUUAAAAAUAAACGUGAACAAAUAACAUCAGUUCACAGGCAUUAACACAAUUCUGGACCUACAGCUCUCAGCCGCCUAUAGAUCACCUGUAUUUAUAUAGCCUUCGUGGAUCAGAACAAAUGGAUCACUUCUUUUAGUCUUGAACAACUCACCAAAAAAAAACAAAAAAACUACGAGUUUUCUGAAUCCGCUUUGAUCUUUGAGAACUAUGUCGAAUAUAAACACAUUUUUUAGUGGACUGGGUGUGCAAAAUUCGAAAUGGUAAUUACGUGUUUAUAAGACGCGUCUUUCUACACUUCGGCAGCAGAUAAAUUAAUGUGGAUAACAGUGAAUGAGAGAACUACAGAGGAUGAGACUCUUUGUUAGUGACAAUAAUGCAUCAAGAAUUCGUGUACGGUACCUUGGCGAUUAUGACACAAUAGAGAUUUUCGUGACCUCUUGAUUUUUGCUAGCUUGACCAAUUUCUUCUAAAGAGUCAAGGAAAUGACAGAAGUAAGGGUUGUAUAUUUUACCCUUACUGAGGUUAAGUUGUGAUGUUCCAAAGUGGACAACUGAACAGAAUGAAUAUGAAAGUCCUGCAUGGUGUAACCAGGAAACUGAUAUUAAUGUCAUCUGGCGUAGGCUAGUUACACCUCUACGAUUCAACUUUGUAGCCAACAACUAUGUGUGAAUAUUAACAACUAAAAUUUUGCGAAUACUUGUACUUAUUUAUAUGGACUAUUAAUGUCUAGAGAAUAUUUAUUAAACUUUAUUUGAAUAGCAACAUCGUUGUCAAAUUAUAGUUAUAAAAAGAUUAAAGCUCUGACAUUGUUUGAGUGUUGAGCUGUCUUAAUGUUGUUGAAGUAUGAGCUGUACUGACAUCGUUUGAGUGUUGUGCUGUGUUAAUGUUGUUUAGUAUGAGCUGUGCUGACUUUGAGUGUUGAGCUGUCUUAAUGUUGUUGAAGUAUGAGCUGUGCUGACAUCGUUUGAGUGUUGAGCUGUCUUAAUGUUGUUUAUUUAUGAGCUGUGCUGACAUUGUUUGAGGGCUGUGCUGUCUUAAUGUUGUUUAAGUAUGAGUUGUGCUGACAUUGUUUGAGGGCUGUGCUGUGUUAAUGUUGCUUACGUAUGAGCUGUGCUGACUUUGAGUGUUGAGCUGUCUUAAUGCUGUUUAACUUUGAGUUAUGCUGACAUUAUUUGAGUGUUUAGUUGUCUUAAUGUUGUUUACGUAUGAGCUGUGCUGACAUUGUUUGAGUGUUGAGCUGUCUUAAUGUAGUUUGCGCUUGAGCUAUGCUUACAUUGAUUAUACGCAUAGCUGUCUUAAAUUUUUUACGCAUGAAAUUUGUAGAUAUUGUUUGUGCUCAGAACUAUAUUAAUUUUGGUUAUGUAUGAGCUGUGCUGACAUUGUUUGUGUGUGUGGGGCUCCACAAACGACGUCAAGCAAGCAGUCGAUAUUGUUGGUAAUAAAACUUUCCUGUAGCAGUGUUUGUAGAAGGCACGUGUAUCUAUGUAUAUAUAGGUAUCUGUAAUGUCAGCCUUAAAGACGGAGUAUUAUUAUUAUUUGAAGUUUUUAAAACAAUAAUUCGAUUUUUUUCUCUCAGUGAUUCUACGUUGUCGACCUAUAAAGUAUUACAGAAUGAUUGUAUUAAAAUAAAAUAAAUUUGUU